AUUCUAACCUCUGCCCUCACUAAACAAUCCAUAUAUUAUGUAUUCUUCCGUUUUCAUUUGGGCACAGAUCGAGGAGAUAACUUGUGUUUCUCUACUGUUCUUGAACUGGUCGUCAACGCUAUGGAAAUCAACAAAUUGUUGAACAUUGUCUUUCCCCCUCUAAUAGUAAUUGCCCUCGUUUUCAUCUUUCCACCUUUUCUUGUUUUCAGGCUUCUUUGUUCCAUUCAAAGGUUUGUGUUCAAAGAAAACGUGGCUGGUAAAGUGGUACUCAUCACAGGAGCAUCUUCAGGCAUUGGUCAGCAUCUUGCUUAUGAGUAUGCUAAAAGGGGAGCUCGUUUAGCCCUCGUAGCCAGAAGAACAGAUCGUCUUCAAAAAGUAGCUGAUGAAGCUCGACAGUUAGGGUCCCCUGAUGUAAUUGUGAUCACUGCCGAUGUAUCCAAGAUUGAGGAUUGUAAGCGAUUUGUUGACAAGACAGUGAACCACUUCGGACAGUUGGACCAUCUGGUGAACAAUGCUGGGGUUGCUCAUGGGCAACAGUUUAAAGAAAUGAGCAAUAUAGCUGAUUUUGUCCCUGUCAUGGACAUAAAUUUCUGGGGUUCAGUGUAUGGUACUCAUUUUGCAGUUCCACACCUAAGAAAAAGCAGAGGGAAGAUUGUUGUGAUGUCUUCAGCUGCUGGAUGGCUCUACCCACCAAAAGCUACCGUCUACAGCGCAAGCAAGGCAGCUCAAAUAGGUUUAUAUGAGUCAUUGAGAGUUGAAUUGGGUCCAGAAAUUGGAAUAACCAUUGUUACUCCUGGGUAUGUUGACUCAGAAAUGACCCAAGGCGUUCAUUCAGCAAGGGCUAAACUCCAGUUCCUGAAAAAUGAGCCGACGGAUGUCUGUGCCAAGGCAAUUGUUGAAAGCACUUGCCGUGGAGAUAUGUACCUGACAGAGCCAUUCUGGGUGAGGCCAUUGUUUCUGCUAAAGGUACUUUAUCCUGAGCUGUGGGACUGGACUUUCUACUGGCUCAUCGUCCAUGGACGAACGACUUUGGAUAAAAAAUUAUAGCCUGAGUAGCCUAAAUUGGGAAGAAAAACCCUGUUUCAGCUGUCUGCCUUCGGAUAAAAGAGUUGGUCCUCUACCAAACAGGCUCUUAGGAAUCAUGCAGGUGGAGCUUUUCCUCCAGAUAGA